AUGUCCCUAGAUUUGCCUGUCUUUGAGAUCGGCACUACGGCUACUUCCACAUCCCUACAUACCUCCGCCCUAUACUUACCUCAGAACCCACCUACACAGUCGUGUCAGUGCCUGGCUUCAGUCGUUUUUGCCGUUGAAGAAUUCGAGACCAACUGCAACACCGAGAACCGAGCCGAACUCGACUCUAUAAUCGCAUACCAGAAAAGAGCCAUCAAGUGCUGCCGUUCGAUGGUCAACUGCACCAGCUGUACAAGCAAGAGGGAGAAUUUCGUCCUGCUGGUCUUUAUCACGGAGAAAAUCGUCGCGGUCUGUGGGCAAAUCGUUGUGCUGUAUAGCGCCAAAGAUGGCACACCCUGCACCCAGGCUGCUCCAGGACCAUCGUCGUUGCGGGGCUAUGAUCGCCUUCUUGAGGAUUGGGAUCUCGACACAUCCACCUCUUCCCGUUCAUCCGGCUCACUUAGGCCAGUGUCUAGGAGCACAUUCUCGGAUUGGCGAGAACUCCGUUUGGGUGACUACGAGGUCAGUUCGCGGCUGGAAUGGGAGUAUUUAGUGCGCGUUCUGAUUUUGCUUCAAUUGAGGGCGGUGACGGAGUUGUUGGCGGAUAUGAAGAAGGUGGGUGGUGAUGUUCUGGGGGAGAUGCAGAAGGCGAGCUUGGCGCGAGCUGAAAGAAGCGUUUGUGAACUUGAAGAAAAUGUCAGCAUUCUCUAG